AUUGCAACAGAGCGCUGGGGGAGGAUCGAGAGGCAGGCCGUGGGGGUGAAAGCGCGACGUUAGCGGCGGAAACUUCACUGAGACUCUUCAGGGAGGAAGUGGAGCUCGAGCGAAGUCCGCACUCAACAGGUGUCUCUUCCCUGCAUGGUCGCGGUGUGAGAGGCUCCCAGGUUGUCCGGAAAGUGGGCUGAAAAGUUGUCUUCGGUCAGUCAAGCGACAAGAUGUCCCACCUUCGACCCAGGCUGUGUGUGCUGGAGAAGGGAACCAGCGGCUACGGGUUCCACCUGCACGGAGACAAGGGCAAGACCGGGCAGUUUAUCAGGCUCGUGGAGCCCGACACUCCCGCCUCCGCGGCCGGGCUGCUCGCGGGAGACCGACUGAUGUUCGUGAACGGGGAGAAUGUGGAGGGGGAGAGCCAUCAGCAGGUGGUGGGCAGAAUACGCGCGACCACCGGGGCUUUGGAGCUUAUCGUGGUGGACGCCGAGACGGGGGAGCUUCUGAAGAAACACAACCUGCAGUGCCGAAAAGAGUUCGUCACGCAGGGGAUUCCCGUGCCCGGCGGGGACAGCGACUCAGACCGCGGGGACGCUCACAGCAGCAACGGCACCCCGAGGGAGUCAACUCCUGUCCCGCGAGAGAACGGAGACGCCUCCUCCGAGAGGUCGGGGAGGUCGAGUAUCAGCUCCAGCACCAAGGAGGAGCGUGACGAGCGGCGGCCUCGCCUCUGCCACCUGAAGAAAGGCCCCGGUGGUUACGGCUUCAACCUGCACAGCGAGAAGUCCAAACCUGGCCAGUUCAUCAAGACCGUUGACGAAGACUCUCCAGCACAGAGAGCCGGCCUCCGACCGCAGGACAAGAUCAUCCAGGUGAAUGGCAUGUCGGUGGUUGGGAAGCAGCACUCGGAGGUGGUGGCGGCCAUCAAAUCUGGAGGAGACGAGACCAGACUGCUGGUGGUGGACCCCGAGACGGAAGACUUCUUCAAGAGAUGCAACGUCCAGCCCACAGAGGAGCACAUCAGUGGACCUCUUCCUGAGCCGGCGUCAGAGAGAGCAUCAGAGGAGACUGCAGCAGAGAAGAAACCUAAAGCAUCCGUGAGCUCUUCCUCCUCCAACACCUCAUCCGACUCGUCCCUGCCGGCUGCAGGUCGCAGCUCCUCCCCACCACAGGCCGAGAGGUCCCCAACGGCCGACAGCCUGGGUCUGGGUCUGUCACUGGCCCAGGCCAAAGAAAGAGCCCAUCAGAAGAGAGCUGCCAAGAAAGCCCCGGCCAUGGACUGGAGCAAGAGAAACGAACUGUUCAGCAACUUAUAAACUUCAUCUUCAUCAUGUCCAGACUGCUCUGUGCUGCCCUCCGGUGGAGAAUCCAGAGCCAAUCGGCUUCCGGGUCAUCAUGUCUGACGGACACACGGCUCAUUUUAAACUCCAACGUUAAACAGUAUUAAAUCCUGAUUUUAUCUUUUUAAUUUAAUUUUUCCUUCUUUUAUGUUUUAAUGAUGGUUUGAAUGUCGGCAUCACUCAUGAAUGAAUGUUUGUGAAGAGUAGAGGAAAACUGGAGAUUUAGAUAAAACAGGCCUUCCUCUGAGCUGAGCAGGUCUGAUUCCAGGAAAUGUUUUUUUUUUCUUUGUGCUCUUUGAUAAAUCUGUAUAUACAUAAAUUUAAGGAGCAACUGUUAAUUUUUAUUUGAGGAAAGUCUGAAAAGUUCUUGAAUCCUGUUGAUUUUUUUCUGAAAUCGCAUCAUGUUUUUGCUGUAAAAGCUGCACCUGUUGACGUGGCCUGAGUCCGGUCUUCAGGAAAGCAGACGGGUCUGUUCUUAGCAUGUAAGGAUGAUAAAUAACAACAUCUGGAUCAAA